UCGUAAUUCCGUUUUGUUGGGCGCGCGGUGGAUGGUCUGAAACGUAGAGAACGGCUUUCGGUGGGGCUUCGCGGCACCGGAGCCCAGCAUGGCUUCCUCACGAGCCUCCUCCGCGGUACAGGCAACCAAAACUAAGGCAUCUGAUGACUUAGUCGCUCCUGUUGUGAAGAAACCACACAUCUAUUAUGGAAGUUUGGAAGAAAAGGAGAGGGAGCGCCUGGCCAAAGGAGAAUCUGGGAUUUUGGGAAAAGAAGGACUUAAAGCAGGAAUUGAAGCAGGGAACAUUAACAUAACCUCUGGAGAAGUGUUUGAAAUUGAAGAGCACAUCAGUGAGCGACAGGCCGAAGUGUUAGCUGAGUUUGAGAGGAGGAAGCGAGCCCGGCAAAUCAAUGUUUCCACAGAUGACUCAGAGGUCAAGGCUUGCCUUAGGGCCUUGGGGGAACCCAUCACACUUUUUGGAGAGGGUCCUGCUGAAAGAAGAGAAAGGUUAAGAAAUAUCCUUUCAGUGGUCGGUACUGAUGCCUUAAAAAAGACCAAAAAAGAUGAUGAGAAAUCAAAGAAGUCCAAAGAAGAGUAUCAGCAAACCUGGUACCAUGAAGGACCAAACAGCCUGAAGGUUGCUAGACUGUGGAUUGCUAAUUAUUCACUGCCCAGGGCAGUGAAACGCUUGGAGGAGGCCCGUCUUCAUAAAGAGAUUCCUGAGACAACGAGAACCUCCCAGAUGCAAGAGCUGCACAAAUCUCUCCGGUCUUUGAAUAAUUUCUGCAGUCAGAUUGGGGAUGAUCGGCCUAUCUCCUACUGUCACUUUAGUCCCAAUUCCAAAAUGCUGGCCACAGCUUGUUGGAGUGGGCUUUGCAAGCUCUGGUCUGUUCCUGAUUGCAACCUCCUCCAUACUCUUCGAGGCCAUAACACAAACGUGGGAGCAAUUGUAUUCCAUCCAAAAUCCACUGUCUCCUUGGACCAAAAAGAUGUCAAUCUGGCCUCUUGUGCUGCUGAUGGUUCUGUGAAGCUUUGGAGCCUUGACAGUGAUGAGCCAGUGGCAGAUAUUGAAGGCCAUACAGUGCGUGUGGCCCGUGUAAUGUGGCAUCCAUCAGGACGUUUCUUAGGUACCACCUGCUAUGACCGUUCAUGGCGCUUAUGGGAUUUGGAGGCUCAAGAGGAAAUCCUGCAUCAGGAAGGCCACAGCAUGGGUGUGUAUGACAUUGCCUUCCAUCAAGAUGGCUCUUUGGCUGGCACGGGGGGACUGGAUGCAUUUGGUCGAGUUUGGGACCUGCGUACAGGACGUUGCAUCAUGUUCCUAGAAGGUCACCUGAAGGAAAUCUAUGGAAUAAAUUUCUCCCCCAAUGGUUACCACGUUGCAACUGGCAGUGGUGACAACACCUGCAAAGUGUGGGACCUUCGACAGCGGCGUUGUGUCUAUACCAUUCCUGCCCACCAGAACUUAGUGACUGGUGUCAAGUUUGAGCCUAUCCAUGGGAAUUUCUUGCUUACUGGUGCCUAUGAUAACACAGCCAAGAUCUGGACCCACCCAGGCUGGUCGCCACUGAAGACUCUGGCUGGCCACGAAGGCAAAGUGAUGGGCCUAGACAUUUCUUCCAAUGGGCAGCUCAUAGCCACUUGCUCAUAUGACAGGACCUUCAAGCUCUGGAUGGCUGAAUAGGCAGGACCAUGGAAGAAGGAUUCUAGCCUCACUCUCUCUUUAGAGCCAUUUUCAAAGGAAAGGAAUUGAUAUGUUUUGUUCUGUCAUGUAUUUUGCUAAUUACCAUGUAUAGAUCCUCAAAAGAAUUGGAUUUCCAUGUCAGCUCCCACUUCAAGCAGGCAGCCCAGUCCCUGGGUGUUGGUGAACCCCUUUCAUGGUUGAAAUUUUAAUUUUCAUCUUCAAGCCCUGCCAUGAACUUUGUAGACAUUGUUUUUAUUAAUCUUUUGUUUGAAUGCCCUGUUGCUUCCCUCACAGCACUCAGGAUUGUGACUAACUCCAUUUUUAAUUCUUGAAACUUGGCUUUCCAUUACAUGGUACAUGCUUCAGGACUACAUGUGACCCAGACAGCAAGGUGGCUGGACUAUAUUCUGGAAGCCCUCGAGUAGAGAGACACACCUCACCAUGCACUGGCUGAACUGUGCCUGACAGAGCAAGAACCCUGAGAACAGAAGGUGAAGAGGUAGACCACAGCUAUGCUUAGGGUUCUGCAUUAGAGAAUAUUUUACCUCUUCCUGUUGAGUUCACUUGGAAUGCUAACUGCAUUGGGAAGCUCAGAACUGAACAUUUUCCUCGUCAGAAGAUGUCUUCCAUUUUGCUUUCAAGUUUGGCAUCCUUUGUGUUACCCAAAAACUAGGCCAUUGUGUCAAGGUUCAAUGAAAUUUUUAGAAAGCAAACAUGAUGUCUCUAUUGUGCAAGUUCUUUUCUAUUGGUUAUUUAAAGUAUGUACCCUUCAUGUCGAGGUAACUCUGGAAAAAAAUCCCUAAUGGGUAUUCCUAAACAUAAACUUUUUCUUUAUUAUAUACUUGCUACAGAGUAAAAUCCUAUCUAAAAAACUGCCCUUUAAAGAAUUAUCUUGCAUAGUUAAGUAUUUUCUGAAUCCUAGGCAUUGGUCCACGGAGGUCCCUUUUUUUUUACUUUGAGAUACAGCAAAUGAUCUCAAGUAUGGCGUACUCCAAUUCUGUCUCCUUAGUAAGCAUUCUGUUAGUAAUUUUUUUUUAAAAAUGGAGGGCUGUUGCAUUGUGGGCGAGACUACCAGUGAACUGUAUUUGGACUCUAUAAUUCUUACUCAUUGGCCAAGCAGCAGUUACUUUCAGCUCUUUCCACCCCAGGUAUACAACCAGUGAACUCUGGAAAUACACAAAAAAAUUCACACAAAAAUAGAGGAAUUGGCAAGAAGAAAGGAUUGUGUAUAGAGAAUUCAAGAAGGGCUUAUAUGAUGGCUUCUCCUUGAACAUUCAAAACACUUUUCCUUUGCUGUUCCAGGGAGGAUGAGAGUGACUUUUCUGGCUCUGUCGUGCAAACUAGGAAUGUGUGAUAUGUAGCUAAAUAGUCUGUUUAAUCUGAUUUCAGUUAUAACCAAGUAGUUGCAUAUCCUGUGUACCUGUUAAGCUUCUGGAUUAUCAGCUCUAUUCUCUGUUGGGCACUUCACUGUUGUUUAAGUAUUAAUGGGCUCUAUUUCCUCCAUAGUUAGCCAUGAAAAGAAAUUUUCAUUACUACCUUUGUAGUGUGUUUAAUAAUGAAUGUUAGUGUAUUAGCGUGCAGCUUUCAAAUAUAGUGUGUUAAAGGUUUUCAGUUUUUCAAGUUGAAAUCUUACCAUUUGUUCCAUUAAACUUGUCUUUUUUUUUGUGGGGGGUGGGUGGUUCCAAGAGAUCUAGAGGGGUAGCAACUGGGUGAAAAGAUUUCAUCUAAGCCUUUGGCCAGACAAAUGUCUUGCGGGGUAUACACUUCCUUACUGGGAGUAUCAUUGUCCAAAAGCCGUUAGCUGAGGAGCAUAUCCCAAGUGUGUCAUUUCGUGCUAACGGUGAGACAAACGUCACCGCCAUCACUUAACAGGACACUUACCGCUGUCUAGACACCGCCAGGCACAUUCAGACAUCUUGUUUAAUCCUCACAGUCUUACGAGUUAAUUAUUAUUCCCUCUUUUACAAAAAAGCUGAAGUUCAAAGAAGUUAAGUAACUUGUUCCAGGUUACCUAGUUAGUAAAUGGUAGAGUCUGGUCCGUCUGUGACCUUAUAAGAGGUUUCAUAGGGCUUUACUGAAUAUGUUGGCAACACUGGCCAGACCAAAAAAAGAAUCAGUCCAGCCAGCAUGGCCUGUUCCCUGUACAAAGCCUGAACUUUUUAAAUGCUCCACCUUUUUUUUUUUUUUUUAACUUUUCUUAGCAUUUAUUUUUUGCAGCAUUUAUUCCCAGGCCGUAAAUUUUUGUUUCUUCUGGGAUAUCUUUUUCUUCUGUGCAACCUCCUUUUCUGGUUUAGGAACAAUCUGUUCCUUUUCAGUAAGGAUCAUCUCAAUGUGGCAGGGAGAGCUCAUGUAUGGGUUGAACUGACCAUGAGCUCUUUAAAUCCUGCGCUGCAUCUUGGGGGCUUUGUUCACCUGGAUGCGCUCAAUGACCAGAGAAUCUGCAUCUGAGUUCAGCAUUACUCUCUGCAUUUUUGAGAAUGUGCGGUAAAAAUUCAGCACUCUUUGGGCCACUGACCCUGCAUCCAGCCCCACUGUUUGGCCUGGGCACACCUACCAACUCCACCAUUGUAAUGACAGAAUGGCACACAUUGCUUCUGGAAAGUGACAUCCUUCAGAUACUUGGUGGCUUUUCGGGUAUGCAUACCCUUAAUGGCCUGGACGGUUUCACGAAUGUUCUUAAAGUGAACAUGAAGAUUUGAACCUCUUGGUCACCUCAGACCACUUACCAGGAAAGCCCAUUCUACCAUUUAUACUGCCCUUUUGAGGAGUCACUGCAUCUCUUACUCUGACUUCAUGCCAAAGGGAGUUAAUUUUACCACUUCUACCUUGUGAACUUGCAAGGAGCCUAUAGUGUUAUUCAACAGGAAACUAUUUGCGUCUUGGGACAGAUGAUAUUUUGUUGUGUAGAAAUGUCUUCAGCAUUGCAACAUGUCUUAGCAUCCCUGACCUCUGAGGUACUAACAGCCAGAAGCACAACCCACCCCUGCAUUGGGGUACCAAAGAUUCCUAAAUGCUCUCUAGAAGGAUGGCACUGCCCAACGUUAGAACUAUUGAAUGUGAAGACAGAAGAUGCUACAAUGUUAAGUAUAUCCUUCCCUAUCCCAGAAGACUCAAAGCUGUGUCUUGUUUGGUGAAUCAGCCACUCCAACAGUGUAAGUUCUAUUUUGACUGAAAGGCCUCCACCACAUGCUAGCUGGGUGACCUUGAACAAGGUAGCUAAACUUGGGGAGCAUCAGUUUCAUCUGUGAAACGGGUGAAGCCUGCUUAACUCGGAAGCGGUAGUCCCUAGUACAGAGGCAAGUGUUCUUCCCUGAGCUUCCCCGGCUCCUCUCUCUGUUCCUUGUGGCUCUGAGAAUAUGGUGAGAUCAUUGCCUAAUUUACCCAGCACAAGAGUUAAGGAGCAAGGAUGUGUAAAGAAAUGAAGUCAGUGGGGAGACGUCAAGUCCCAGCUUUAGUAUAAUUAUCUUCAGUGGUGCAAAUGGAGAGGUAGAUGCUAGUCCCCUGGCAGGAUAUGUAGGCGGCUUUCCAAUUUCAUAAUGGAGAACUUUUUCUUCACGGUGGAGCUUAAGACUGUUUGGUUUUACUAAACAUGAAGUAUGUAUGUCUUGGCUAUUUUGGAAUAUCUUGUACAUUAAGACCCCUAAGAGUUUAUAGAAGGUGGUUUCAUUAAACUUACAAAAUGUUAUUUAGAGCAAAUAAAACCAAUUUCUGGCCUCUGAAAGCUUAUCCUACAAAUCCCAAAAAAC